GGGAGAAGAAGCUGUUGAGUCUGUUGCCGCCUGGUAAGGCGGCUUUCGAUGCCAUUAUCGACGGGGCCGGAGGCGAUGCGGUCGAGAAGGCUGUCAAGCUACUCAAGGCUGGUGGUAUCCUUUCAGUCUAUGGGAUGACGGUCGCUCCCAAAAUGUCCUUCUUGAUGCAGGCGGUGCUGAAGAACAUCGAGGUUCGUGGAUCGACGAUGGGCUCGCGCAAAGAGUUCAAAGACAUGGUCGAGUUUGUGAGGACGCAAAAGAUUCAUCCGGUUGUCUCGCGUGUGCUUCAAGGUGAUCUUGGUGAUAUUUCGGCACUCGAUGAUCUUUUCCAGGAUAUGAAAGAGGGCAAACAAUUUGGCAAGCUAGUCUUUGAGUUUGGCAAAACGUCCGGCAGUAAGCUCUGACCUGCAAGAUUGAGCGCCAAUGAUCAGUAUCAUCCUGUAGGUUGGCAGGGAAGCAAAUACUACAUUUUACAGACAUCACUUGAAGACAUGUAGUCACUCUCAACUCACUUCACUUUGGCUUGAAAGUACAGCCAGGGCUGGCACACCGUUCAGUUGCACCUUCCCUGUGUUGAUAUGAUAUGCCGUUGCUGUGCUGUUGCACAGCCAACAGCACUCAGCGUGUCUCUGAGCAUUGUCCAGCACAACCUCAGUACAGACAGCGCCAUCGUUAUUUAGGUAGCAGCACGUUUCUAUCUUUCAUACCAACGAACGUUAUCGAGACAACUCGUUGCGUUCUCCGUCUCUAGCUCGUCGAGCGCUUCUGUGACUGAUUCAUCAUAAUGAACGCUGAGCUUGUCCGGCUAUACGGGCCUGGCAUGUCCUUCUACCGGUCUCACCUACAGUCAACAGGCUUGGAGCAACAUGAUAGCAAAACUGCUAACUUCUCGCCCAGG